UGCAUGUCUCUCUCUCAACCUAAAAAUCGCUGUCUUUCAGUCUCUGAACCCCAUCACCCCAUGUCCUCUUCCUAUAACCUGUCAACCAUGAUAGUCUUAUGAGAGCCAGUCCAUAUUCCAGAAUCCACAAUCCACACCCCCACUCUCCCUCUUAUUAGGCCCCUUAAAUUUGUCCACCCCCAGAAUCCAAGUGCAUGAAUGAUUUUUAGCAUUGACAUGGCCUUCCCUCCUCAUGCUUUCCUGUUCCAAUCCCACGAAGACAAUGACCAUCUCCCUUCCCCUACCUCCCUCAGUUCCCUCCCUUCCUGCCCUCCUCAACUCUUCCAUGGUGGUGCACCCUUUAUGAUGAAGAGAUCAGUAUCUUUCUCAGGUGUUGACAAGUCCGAGGAAGUACAUGGAGAUGAUGAGUUAUCUGAUGAUGGAUCGCAUAUUGGGGAGAAGAAGAAGAGGCUGAACUUGGAACAAGUCAAGGCACUGGAGAAGAGUUUUGAGUUGGGUAACAAGCUUGAACCUGAGAGGAAAAUACAGCUGGCUAAAGCUUUGGGGCUGCAGCCAAGGCAGAUAGCUAUAUGGUUUCAGAACAGGAGGGCAAGGUGGAAAACCAAGCAAUUGGAGAAAGAUUAUGAGGCCUUGAAGAAACAGUUUGAUGCACUCAAGGCUGAAAAUGAUGCCCUUCAAGCUCAGAACAAGAAACUUAGCGCGGAGUUGUUGGCUUUGAAAAGCAAAGAUUCAAAGGAAAUCAGCAUCAAGAAAGAAAAUGAGGGUUCUUGGAGCAAUGGAAGCGAUAACAGCUGUGAUGUGAACUUAGAUAUCUCAAGAACAACAGUUAUAACGAGUCCCGUGUCUUCACAGUUGAGCAGUAAACACCUCUUCCCUUCAUCCGUCAGGCCUGCAAGCAUGACUCAACUUCUCCAAGGCUCAUCAAGGCCAGACCUCCAAUGCCUUAAACUUGAUCAGGUGGUUCAAGAAGAGAGCUUCUGCCAUAUGUUCAAUGGAGUGGAGGAGCAGCAAGGUUUCUGGCCAUGGGCUGAGCAGCAAAAUUUCCAUUGAAUUAAGACCAAUUCUCCAACAAGUACCACACUGUUGUUAUGUACUUCAGCUUUGCCUUAGCAAGUUAAGAAGAAAAUUAGGAAUUUUCCUGUCAACUUCAAAUUCUUGCUUUGGCUGUAGAUUGGUGCAUAGAAUUGGACAUAUUUGCUUCUACAUCAUUUGGGCAGAAAAUCUAUGUGGAGGGUUGGUUGGCUCUGAAUAAUACAUUUUUCUUCCCACACUUUAGUGAAUUGUGAUAUAUUUGCUAGGUUGGAUCAUAGUAGAGGAAAAAAAAAUUAGUUAAGGUACAUGUGCCACUGAGUGGUUUUCCAGCUCUGGCAUGUAGCAUGGGCCAUGAAAUAAAAAAAGGAUUCUCUCCUCGCAUUUUUUUUUUCA